AUGUGUGACAUGGAGCCACAUCGUGGCGCGAAGGUGCCUUCCUCGCGUCGUCUGCAGGCGGUGACGACACCAGAACUUCUCAGGCGUGUUCGUGACAACGAUCCGACGCUGGGGGCUGUGCGCAUAUCCCCGGAACUUCUCAAUUCCCCCAUAAUGAUGGACGCUUUGCUGCGGAAUAAUACCAUCUGUAGCGUUACUUUUGUAAAUGUGAGUCCAAAGACGGUUUCAGAGGCGACGUGGGCGAAGUUUCUUUCCUGCCUGUUUCAUCUACCACUGCGUAGUGUUAUUGCAGGUGGCAUGCAGUUGCCUGCUCAUUUCAUGAGACACGUAUUGGAACUUGUAGAGUAUUCCUGUGGGGUCGGACGGGGCUGCAAAUGGUUGCCAGAGGAUAGUAACACCCUCGAUGUAAAAGCUGCGGUGUCAGCAGCAGACGAGACUGUAGGUGAGGCGGCAAGCUCUUCCACGGAUGAUUUGAAGGCCAAUGCAGCAUUAGAGUUCUUUGAUUUGUCGGGAAGCUACAUCACGGAGUCGCAUGCAAGGUGGUUGGCGCGGACGUUAUUCCAUCUCAGAAGUUCGCUGCGGCAUGUUGAUCUUUCUGAAUGCCGUUUGGGCACUCUGGGUCUACAGAUGUUGCUGCUGGAGGAGUCAAGUUCAAACUCGCGUCUUACCGCUGAGGUCGCGGCUGUUACAAAACUUGAGAUUUUAGACCUGCGGUGGAAUGGUGUUACAGAGGAUUUCGGUUUUCGGUUGUUUCUUGACUCUUUGGAAAUGCAUUCCAAGUGCAUCACAUGUGUGCUGGCAGAUGGGAACUACAUCUCUUCUGCACUACAUCAGCGGCUCGUUGAUCGGAAAACCAGGAUGUGGUCACUCAUUACGGACCGGCGUCAGACAAGGUAUGCAGAGGCGAAAGAGCUGAAGCAGGCACAACAGCGGGAGCAGCAGGCCGCUUCUUCUUGGUUUUUUUUGGACCUUCUUUUUUCUGUUGCUGCUGAGUCAUCCUUGUCCUUUCCGUCUCUUAGCUUGUUGGCCUCUCUCCUGCUUACGCGUGAGUGA